AUGCCAGAUUUUAAGCCUGGGCAGACGGUGAAGCUCAACGAUGACCGGAUAGGCAUCGUGCGCUUCGCUGGUACUACCCAUUUCCAGGUCGGAGAGUGGAUAGGUGUUGAGUUGGAGGAGAAAACGGGAAAGAAUGAUGGCAGUGUUCAAGGAGAGCGUUAUUUCGAUUGUCCCAUGGGCUAUGGCAUGUUUGUCAAGCCUGUGAUGGCUACCAUCAUCGCACAAGCCCCCACACCGAAACCGCCAGCUCGAAAGCCCUCAAGGCCGAGUAGCUACAACCAAGCUUCAGGAAGGGCAUCGAGCGCGGGAGGAGAUACGGGCCUAGGUAGGAGAAAGAGCCUGAAUGCACCGAGUCCGAGUCCGGUUCCUAAGGUGGCCCGGCCGACGAGUCUUGCAAGGUCACCCACGAAAUCGCCUACGAAACAACUGAGUGGUGCCUCAAGUACUUCCGUCUCUCGGACAGGAACGCCCUCGGGUACGCGUGCCCCCUCUGUCGGAGCGAAGCCUCGCGCUUCUGUCGGAGGAGCGCGUACAUCUAUGGGUCCUCCACCACCUAAAACAAGACAACCAUCCACAUCUUCAUCGAUAUCAAGACCUGGUGCAGCGCCGGCAAGGACGACAAGUAGUCGCAUGUCGCUGACAGGACCAUCGCGACCAGCAUCACGCCCAAGCUCGGCUGCCAGACGGACAUCCAUCGACUCUCAAGCACGAAGAGGUUCCUCGGACAGGGAGGAUGUUGUUUCUCCUCCCCCUCCUCCUAAGGACAAUGGCGACAUUCUUUCACCGCAACCCAGAAGCCCUGUUCAAGCAAGAACAAAGGCUCUCGAGAAACUCACAGCAGGACCUGCAUCGCGGCAAUCUACACCACCCACGUCACGAAAGCCUUCAGCAACUAGCACUGCCGGUGCCGCUCGUCCUGCUGCAAGCACAGCGGCAAGUAGAGAGAUUGAGGAUCUCAAGGCCAAAUUGAAGGUGUUAGAACGCAAGCGAGCUGAGGACCGAGACAAGCUGAAGCAACUCGAAACGGUGCAGAAUGAAAGGGAUAAGUUCGAGAAUGUCAUUCAAAAGCUACAGCAAAAGUACCAACCGCAGCAGCAAGAGAACAAUGAGCUGAAGAAGUUAGUGAAAGAGGCGGAAAUGCGACUAGAGUCUGUCGAAGAACUUCAGCAGGAGCAAGAAAGUGUAUUAGAACUAGCCACUCUCGACCGGGAGAUGGCCGAGGAAACAGCAGAGGUUUUGAGAGCUGAACUAGAUGCUCUCAAGGAGAAGGCGGAAGAGUUGGAGCUCGAGGUUGAGGUUUUGAGGGAAGAGAACGAAGAGUAUAGCAAGGGGACGUCUGCUGAAGACCGAGCAAGCACAGGCUGGUUGCAGUUGGAACGAACAAAUGAACGAUUACGAGAAGCACUUAUACGAUUGCGCGACCUUACUCAAGCGUCUGAAGAGGAACUGAGAGACCAAAUUUCUGGACUGGAGGAUGAUAUGAAGGACUUCAAUACCAUGAAGGAAGAGCUUUCCGUGUGUCGGGAGAAGCUGGAGCAGUCUGAGUCCGCAGUUGAAGAUCUUCGUCAACAACUCGACAACGCGCUUGGUGCCGAGGAUAUGAUUGAGGACUUAACAGAGCGAAACAUGAGCAUGGCUGAGCAGAUCGAGGAGCUGAAGGCUGUUAUUGACGACCUUGAGAGCCUGAAGGAGAUCAACGACGAGCUUGAGAUCAAUCAUGUGCAGAAUGAGAAGGAGAUGCAGGAAGAGCUCGACUUCAAGGAUAGUGUGAUUACUGAGCAGGCUCGACGAGCGGGUCAACAGGAAGAGUCGCUGGAGGAUAUGGAGUAUACUCUCUCGCGAUUCCGGGAGCUGGUCACGAGCCUGCAGAGCGACUUGGAUGAUAUGAGAGCCUCACAGGCUGUCACUGAGGGCGAGUCCGAGAAGCUCAACGAUCGAUCUCGCGCCAUGAUGGACCUCAACAUGAAGUUGCAACUCUCAGCAUCCAAGGCUCAAGUCAAGACCAUCGACCUUGAACUUCGACGAUUGGAGGCCCAGGAAGCAGAGGAGCAUUUGGAGAUUGUGAAACUCUUCCUCCCAGACACCUACAAGGAGGACCAGGAUUCCGUGCUCUCACUGCUUCGCUUCCGUCGCGUCGCGUUCAAGGCGAACCUUCUCAACAGCUUUAUUCGGGAACGCCUCAACGGACAGCCUCAUCCUGGACACGAGGAUGAUGUUUUCGCUGGUUGUGAUGCUUCAGACAAGCUUGUCUGGGUGUCGAACACUUGCGACCGCUUCGUCAACGACAUGACACACUGCACCAUUGAGCAAUUCUCCAAGUACCAGAACGCUUUGCACGAGCUGGAGCCUGUUGAGCGAGCCCUUAACGUCUGGAUCGAUGGUUUACGCAAGGACGAGCUGAAGGAGAAGACUUGCGCUGAUGAGCUUCACCGCACCAUCGCUCUUCUUUCACACCUUGGAGAGGUGCACAUCUCAGACAGCCUGGCCAACUAUGCCGAUCAUGUUCACAUGAAGGCCAAUGUCAUGCAGAGCCAUCUCGACUCUGCGGCUGUUGCCUUCAACACCCUUCGAGGCCUUGUUCAACGUGUGGUGCCUUCUGAGGGUGACGACGAGGAGCUUGCCCAGCACUUCUCCAAGAAGGCUGAGGCGGCUAUUACCCACACUCGCGGUGCCAAGGUUAUUGCUGCCAAGGCGGUACGAGCUCUCCAGGACUUGAGGACACGAUCUCUCUCUUUGUUGCCUGAUACCAAUGAAGCAUUUGAGGAAUGCUGUGGGGCAACACAGGAGCUUGCAGAUCUUGCACGACAGAUUGGCCUUGACCUUCACAACCUGUUCCACGCUGAUGAGGGCCGCGCCGAACCUUUCACAUAUGCAGAGGUUCAAUCGGCUGUUCACAAGACUGUUCUCGCAGUGAGCACCUCUAGCGAGUCCGAUCUCUUCUCCACAUACCUGUCCAAGCUGCGAGCUGUCACCGCCCAGAUCUCAGACCUGGCAGCGCUUGCUACCGACCUCGACCAAGUUCAAGAGUUUGAAGUUGCUCCUGCUCCCUGGCGACUACGAUCUCAAGAACUCAAGGCUCAAAAGGUCAUUCCUGUUGACGCCGAAGAGGAGCUCCGUCGUCUCAAGGAGGAGCACGGUGAGGCUCGCCGCAUGAUUAUCCAACGCGAAGAUCAACUCAGCACUGCUGUUCUCAAGAUCGAGACCCUCGAAUCUAGAAUGCGCGACGCUCAGGCCAACAUCGACCGCAUCGCUAAGCUGCAGGAAGAACUUGAGGCUUCCGGCCAGGAGGUUGGCAGCCUCAAGGAGGACAUUGAGAAGCAAGACCGAGAACUCAAGAACCUUGAAUCGGAGCGUGACAAGUGGAAGAAGAUUGCCAGUGAUAGCCGUGCUUACGCUGAGGGUGCCGAUGCUGCCGGUGCUAAGGUUGGUCAGGAACGCGCUGUUGCCACAGCACGCGAGAUGGAUGCCCUCAAGAAGGAUAUCGAGAGCCUUCAGUCGGCUGUCCGAUACCUACGUGAGGAUAACCGUCGUGCCCGUACAUCAGAGCAGCAUAAGCACCAAUGGUUGGCUGAGCCGCUCAAGAAGCCCGCUUCUAUCACUGAGCAGCGCCGAAACAUGAUCACCAACGAAGGCAAGGAUGUACUGGGCGAGCUUGUCAAGAUGGCAUCCGGAGCAUCUAUGUACGACUUCUCUGCCAUGCCCAAUGACAAGCUUGCUUGGAAGCCUGCUCGAUCAACGCCCCAGUAUCAUGCUGCCAAGCAGAUGGAGGAUUAUGCCACCUGGGGAGCCUGGCAAGAAUCAGUGCUUAAGAAGGCCCAUGUUCUCCAGGGCCAGGCAGCCAAUGCCGAGAGAAGAAAGAAUGCGCCUAUGGCAGCUCGUCUGCGUAUCAAGUUGCCUGGUGCUGAUGGAAAGAUGGUCCCCGGAUCGGGACGAGAUGUGCAGAUCGUUGGAUCACAGGAGUGGGAGGCUUUACAGGGCCGUUUGGUUGUAUGA